GGUAUAGAUAGGUCUCAUCACUUUGCGAGCGCGUUGCAGUCCCCAACGAACCCGCCGCGAACGACGUAAGAUACUUCGGUGGGUUCGUCCUGUGCCUUUUAUAUUACCACCUACUAGCCACCUCGCCUGUCCUUGCUCUCAGCUACCUCCACCUUCAUCAGCGUAUCCCCAUGGAGACGUCAAUGGACCCGUCGUCAUCUCCCGUCAAGCCUCAGCCUCCUGGGCAGCAGCGCGACCCCCCUGGCGUCGGCGGCAUCCCACGGAUUUCAAAUCGCAGCAAGCGCCCGCCUGCCUGGGCUCCUGUGGCACCCAGCGCCGCAGAGGCCCACUGCCGACCCGGCAACGGGCAGGCAGGCUCGUUUCACUGGGUGCGCAACGGAACCAGGCUUGUGACUGCCUGGUAUCGACGAGGUGGCAGGCAGCCAAAACGUGCGCGCUGGGCCACGGAAAAGGAGGGGAGCCCGGGGGGGCGUGGGAGAGGGGCCGUUUUUGGUGUGCUGGAAACGGACCAAGCCAACAGCCAACCCGCCUUGGCCAACCUUGCGCCUACGCACGAAAUACGUACAACGUACGGAAUAUGACGCAGAGUAUAUUUCGUACUGUAUGCAGUGAUAACCACGGCGUAACUACUUCGUAGGUACGUUAUGAGAUACGAAGUCAGUCUUCUCCUAGGUAUAUAUAUAGCAGCUGAGUCGCUUAGAUUUACCGCCCCUCGCGAGGCCCAUACUGGGCAUCAGCGCACCUGAUCGAGACGAAAUGCGAUUCGGCGGCCGCAGCGCAUGGGGCAUCUGGAUAUGCGCUGCUCGAUCGUUCGUAUCGUCGUCCCAGAUAUCAGGCCCCUCCGUCUUAGUCCGUAACGGUUGCCCAAACACGAUGUGCGCGCCCCUCCGCCACUGGCCCCCGCCACGCAUGGGUGGAUGGCAUUACUAUCAACGAGAUGGGCCUGCAUGGAGCAGGCCGGGCAGGCACUUGCGCAACAACAAAUCCCUCUGCCCAGUUGGGCCGGCCACACACAGCCUUGGGCAUGAAAU